AUAAUAUUUAUAUAGAGUUGAAAUUACUACAUAUGAAUAGUGAAGAAAACUGACAAGAAGAAAAUGGAUGCAUUUCAGACAUGGUCCUGGAGGAGAGCUCUGCAAAUACCCUGGACUGACAGACUGAUAAACAAGUGAGUCCGAGUUCAAAUCCAGGCAAAGCUUUCGCUAGCAGCAAAGACGACAAAGCUGACGCUGUCAUGCUGUGGGCAAAUCUUGAGGGCAAAACUCUAUCGAGAGGACGAGUCGAAGGCACAAGAACUAAAAGAAGCCCAACUACGAGAUGGAUUCACUCCAUAAAGGAAGCCACCGCCUUGAAUUUACAAGAACUGAGCAGUGCUGUCGCGGCCAGGAUAUUUUGGAGGGCUCAUUCAUAGGGUCGCCAUAAGUCGGAGGCGACUGGACGGCACAUGACAACGACUAAAUUGGAAUAUAAGUCAUUCCCCGCACCAGCUACACUUGGCAUGAACAGCUCGGCAGGGUGGAAGGAGGAAAAAUAACCCAGCAACCCCGACCCAGACAAACCACCUCGGGCGCCUCUCCCCCGAUUUCCCCUCCCGCCUUAUAUAAACAACAACAACGCGUCAUUCAAUAAGAGCUCUGAAAGAAGGAAAACUGCAAUCCCCAGGAUUCCCAGCACACAGCGGGGGGCGGGGCGAUCUAACCGCGAUGCGUCUCUGAGACGAGACUGGCAGGGAGGUGGCGCCCAAUGGGACCGCAGGGAGGUGGAGUGUGCUGGAUAGCGAGACCAAUGAGAAGGGCUUGCCGCUGUCAUGGCGGAGACGGUGGAUGCCGACUCCAACAGCGACUCCGAGCCGGAGGGCAUCCCCAAGAAGCCCCUCCUCAAGCGCCGCCGCUUCUUCGCGGAUAGCGCCGUCCCCGCGGUCCCGGUCUACUCGGAGAAGGUUCAGAACAGUCUCCAGCUUUUUUCAGACUCUUUGAAACUGCCAGCGCAAAUCCCUGAGCUGUCUUCCACAUCUCAGGUCCUCAGUGUAUCAGAUGAUGAGGAAGAGGCACCUACAAAGCAUGCAGAGGAAGAAACAAGAUGUAAAGACCUGUCACCUUCAUCUCCGUCUCCACCUCCACCACAGCCAAGGAAAACAAACUGUGAACCCCGUGUUUGUAAUCAGCUGCUCAGGAAUCUGACCUCUACACUCUCGGCAGCUCAGAAGAGCUUGCAGGAGGCAGCGUCAGGGGAUGACGUGAUUGUGAUUGAUGCUCCAGGGCCCUCAGAACCCCAGAAGUUGGUGCUGAAGAUCCGAUGUCGAACUGACCUCUACCGAGUCUCAAUUCAGAUGACUGACCCUCUUCAGCGGGUGGUCGAACAUAUGGGGCAGAUGCUGAAGGUUCACCCCAACAGAAUACUUCUCCUGCUCCGGGAUCAAGAACUCGCAGCUGAUGCCACUCCUGCCAGGCUGGGCCUGGGUGUGGCUGAUAUAAUUGAUUGUAUUGUGGAGACAGCUAGUGGAGAGAGUGCUGACAUAGGAAACCUGCAGCUCCGAGUGCAAGGGAAAGAUAAGAGCUCCCAGAUGGAGAUUACGGUGCGGAAGGGGGAGCCCUUGGAAACACUUAUGAAUCACUACCGUCAAGCUCAAGGGCUUGGUAGAUGUAAGCUUGUUUUCCAUUUUGAUGGACAGCGUUUGAUGGAAAACUGGACCCCAGAAGAUCUAGGAAUGGAGUCUGGUGAUGUCAUUGAAGUGUGGAUUUAGAAAUCCUUCCACCUCUUAGAGGGAGCCAUGUCCCUUUGAGCUUUCUCUUCUGAUCCCAGCUCCAACAUAUUUAACUCUGCCCUCCUUUUCAUCUUGCUGGUGCUUAUUGUUGGAAGUCAGGUGAGCCACUUGACUUGUAAAACAAACCUGAGACACUCUCAGGUUUUUAUACAGUUCCUUUCCUACCUAUUCUAGUACACAAGGACGAGAAAUUAUUGCUUAUUUCUUCUCCCCUUUCAUUAUUUUCCUCCCCACACUUGCUUUUUAAAUAUAUUUAAUAAAGUUCAAUUUUACCAAUCCCAUCUUGUGAAAUAGGGAGAGAGUAACUGCUCAGGCAUAAUGAGAAAAACAUUGAAGGAAGAGUACACAAUGCAUGCCGGAUACAUGCUUCUUUUGCAUCAGUGUUUUUCCGCCAUUAUUUUUAAUCAAGCUACACAGCUACACAUUACAGUCAGUGCAAUCCUGUGGCCCCUAGACAGUGUCAUGAGAGCCAAGGAAUUUUUCAGAGUCUCAGCUUCAAUGUUGGAAAACAACUUUUAUGCUAGUGCUUAGAAUCUGUGUUUGAACUGUGUUUGCUGCAACCCUGGAGGAAGGAUUUAGUGGCUACUCCAGUGGGAGGAGAGGAGAUUGGCACCAUCAGGAUAUGACAUAUCCUGGCAUUGCCUCAACCUCCAUCCCUCCCCUCCAAAGUGCUGCAGCCAGUGUUUUGCAGGGUGCCUGCAAUCCUUCGAGUUUGGAGGCUUGGGACCUUAAAAUGUAAAUAAAUUUCUUCCUAAGCUCCAGCUGAACAUUGCCUUGGGACUGAUGAUGUGAAAGCUCAUCCAUCAACUUGGUGAUGGUGUGCUACUGGGGAGCUGUACCCUCUGCCUCCCAGAAAGACCACCACAGCCUGGUCUUAGCAGCAUCAAAAAGAGAGCUAUGUCAGUCCUCGCUUUUCUCUUUCAUCCCUAUCCUUUUAAUAGUGACUAUUAGAUUGUGAGACUGUGUGCAGGGACUGUCUUUCAAUAUUUAGAUCAUUUCUGAGUUUUGUGUUUACUAAUAAUGUUGGCCUGUUAAUUCUGUAAAACUCUGCACUGCCUUCCCUUUUAUAUGUAUUGUCUGUCUUGAUGGGUAUAACUUUUAACCCUGUUUUCCAUUGUUUGAAAUAUUUUCAGCAGGUUCUGUGAUUUAAGGAACAGUUUUGAAAUUUUAUCUUGGAGUAGACAACCUGUCACUGUCCAGAUGAUUUGACCUACAAUUCUUACCACCAGCCUAGCCAAGGGUGAGAAAUGAGGGAGUUGUAGGCCAAACUAUCUGGAAGGCCAGAAAUCUCUGACCUCUGCUUAAUCCAGAAAACUAAAAGACAACACAGAAUCCUGACUGGUGAGCAGCAUUUUGCUUAAUGGGGCACAAAUUUUGCAUGUUAAGUAGCAUGCAGCCAUUUGUGGGAAUAAGAAAUAAUGACAUUCCAAAGGAGUCUGUUUGCAGUCCAGCAAAAUAGUACAUUAUGAAGUAUACACAGAAGCUGCAGCAAGAUAUUACACUGUGGAAUGAUUAACAAUGGUAGCCAGUGAUGUUUGUUGCCAGUCUGGCCUGCAUUGUUUCCCCCAGGCACAGUAUUCUGUAGCUACUGAGUCCUCUCUGGGCUGUUCAGUAUGUUACAUAAUUUUGCUGUUUAGCAGAAUGCAACUCACCAGCCACCUAGACCUGGUAACUGAUGACUGCCUAGUUUUUGCCCUUACAAGCAGGCACGAAAUGCAGGAGAUUGAUGGAGACUUCGCCAGUUUGCCAGUUGUAGCUUGUGAGCUGUGUGGAGCUUGCCAAGGUGUGAGUGCUGUGGAUCUGGUUAGAGCAAGGCUGCGACCCUACACCUACUGAUUUAUGGGAUUAUAUAAGAUGACUAUAAAACGUACUUUUCUAA